CAGCCGAAGCAAAACCCCCUCAUCAUCAUCUACAGGACUGAGUCAGGACGGAACAAACGAGAGAGAGAGAGAUCGAGAGCGAUGAGAAGCUCCUCUCCUCCAUCUUCAUCAUCCUCCACCCUCCCCCUCUCCGCAGCAGCGCCGUCAAUGGAUCCCUCAAACACACAAGCAAACCCUUCUCCUCUGUUCCUACUAUCCUUCAGCCGCCAACCUCGUCGCGGUACGCGCGACCUCUCCUCCACUUCGCGCUCACGCCUCUCCCUGCCCCUCCCCGCCCCCUUCGCCUCGCUCCUGCGGGCCCGCCCCCAAUCCGGUGCCGCCCUUCACCUAUGCCCUGGCGGCCACGACAACGUGGCGCCAAAUGGCGGGGACAUGGUGUACAACGUUCGGCUGAGGAAGCCGGCGCUGGGGAAGGGGGCCAGAGUUGUGCCCAUUACUCUUGAUCAGGUUUAUAUGUUGAAGGUUGAAGGAAUUGCAUUUCGGUUUUUGCCUGAUCCUAUUCAAAUAAAGAAUGCAUUACAGUUAAAAGCCGCAGAUAAUUCACAAGGCUUUGAUGGAGUUCCAGUUUUCCAGUCAGAUCUUUUAGUCAUUAAGAAGAAGAACAAGCGUUACUGCCCUAUAUAUUUUCAGAAGGAAGAUAUAGAAAGAGAACUUUCAAAGGUUUCUAGGUCGUCCAGAGCAGUAGGAUCUUCUCAUAUUAUGGUGGGUAGUUUAGAAGAUGUGCUGAAGAAAAUGGAGAUGAACAAGAAGAAUUCUGGGUGGGAGGAUUUGAUCUUUAUUCCUCCUGGUAGAAGUUACACCCAACACAUUAAUGAAGUGGCUGCUUGAUGCUAAUAAGGUUACUCGAAGAGCUUCUAUGACUUAGCAGAAACAAGUGUCUCUAUGGGAUGAUGGAGCAAGGCUGUUACGGGUCAUUUUUGGUGAAUUGGUCAAAGUAGGUAGAAGAGAUAGCGAGGAGAUUUACUCACAGAGAAAAGACUGGGAAGGGAAAAGACUGAGAAAGGAAGAAAUGCCACCAGAGAUUUAGAGGGGGUGGAACUUGCUGAAAAUUAUGAUACUUUUUUUUUUGCUAUAUAUGAACAAACCAUUUUUGAACCUCUCUUUCUUUCUUAUGUUUCCCUUCUGAUUACCAUAUGCAAUAUUUUUUUCAUGUUUUUUU